CCGGAAUGCCGCGUGUUGUUUCUUUCAGGACGAAUCAGGGCGCAAGGUUAAAGUGGCUCGUACCCCACGCGAACUCACAUAUAUCCAGAACUUUACUGUGGCCUGAGAAUACUACAUGCAACGCGGAGGUAGGGUUUUUACGUCUCUUGAUCUCUCGUGCAAAGCCAAAGCCUCACUCGGUUCCAGAGCCACCAUGGACGGCGUCGUCUCGACCGACUGGCUCGCACGCAACUACGAGAGCACUAGCGUCCUCAUCAUCGACAUCCGAGACGCUACCGACUAUGCGAUCGGCCACAUUCCCCGCGCCAUCAACAUCCCCUGGGCAAUGCCAGAAUGCACCUGGAUUAGCUACGGCCCGGAUGACCUCCUCCUCCAACUCCCCAAAGAUAGCUACCUCUUCGGCAACCUGAGCGCUGCUGGUGUCUCUAAAUAUAAACGCAUCGUCGUCUCGAUGGCGAACGCCAGCCCACCGUACCCCCAGGCCCAGGCAGCCCGCGUCGCUAUGACACUCAAACUCGCCGGCGUCCCUCAGGUACAAGUCUUGAACGGCGGAUUCACGACGUGGUCCGCAGAGGGCCGGCCAAUGUCUACUGACGUACCUACUCUGACCCCCAGCAGCGUCAAAGGCCAAAUUGACAGAAGCGACCUCGUGAAUCGCGAGUACGUCCGUGGAGCAAUCAAUAAGAAGAUUAUCCUGGAUGCGCGAGACCCCGGAGUUUACAACGGCAGCGUAAUCGAGGAAUAUGCGCCAAAGGCUGGGCAUAUUCCAUCGGCAAAGAGCCUGCCAACUGUUACCCUCUUCGAUGCUAAUGGGAAUUUCAAGGACAAGGAGGCGUUGGCAAAUCUUGUGAAGAGUGUUGCGGGGGCCAAGGUUACGAAGCAGACCGAGAUUAUCACGUAUUGUGGGGUCGGAGGUUAUGCUGCUGCGCUCUAUUGGAUCCUCACUGCGGAGCUGGGAUACUGCAACGUCAAGUUCUACGAUGGUUCAGCGCAGGACUGGGUCAAAUACUACGAUAUGGAAAUCUAAGGAGGCCAGACUAAAACCUCAGCAUCAGAAAGGCUUGGAAUAUAAGCCAACGAGAGUCAUGAAAGUGGCUUAAUCGAUUUCAUUCCUUCAUUUCUUCCGUUUCGGUUUUU